CGUCAACACUAUUGUCAAAAGUUUCCACAUUGUAGAACCUUGCAAGCGUGAAUAAAAUAUCAAGUCAAACACGAGGCAGUAGCGUGGAAACACGGUUUCAAUUCUGAAUGGGUAAAAUACGCGAAAAUAAGAAAUACGUUAAUUAUGCCAGAAAAAAUAAGUUCAAAAAGAAUCAAUCGUCCCGUACAUGGACAGAUAAUAACGACGCGAAACAUAAUUCCAGUGAAGAUGUGGAUCAAUUAUGUUUCCCACAACAAAAACUGAAGCGGUUCAAGCGAUCCAAGUUGCAGUUUUCCAUCAGUGAAGAGGAGGAAGAAAUCAAAAUAUUGUCUCAGCGUUACUCUAAAGAAGCAACACGUGCUACCGCAACAAUCGAAACAUUCAAAGAUUUCCCCAUUUCAAAGAAAACUCUCGCUGGUUUAAAUGAGGGAAAUUUUACCAAACCUACCAUCAUACAGCGAGAAUCUAUUUUUCCUGCAUUGUGUGGUAAAGAUAUCGUUGCAGCAGCGAGGACAGGCAGUGGCAAAACGUUAGCAUUCGUAAUUCCCAUCUUGGAACGACUAUUUGUAGAAAAAUGGUCCCACAUGGAUGGUCUAGGGGCACUCAUAAUAACUCCUACACGAGAACUAGCCACACAAAUAUUCGAAACGACGGUGCAAGUUGCAAGACAUCACGAUUUUACCGCAGGCCUGCUGAUCGGUGGACAAAAUUUGAAAAUUGAGCGAAAUCGACUACACAACUUAAAUAUCGUAAUAGGCACGCCGGGUCGUUUGCUACAACAUAUGGAUGAGAAUCCUUUAUUUGAUACAACUAAUUUGAAAAUUCUGGUUCUGGAUGAAGCCGACAGAUGCCUGGACAUGGGAUUUGCAGCGGCAAUGAAUUCCAUCAUAGAAAACCUUCCGGAUGUUCGUCAGACUUUACUGUUUUCUGCAACACAGACAAAUUCGGUCCGUGAGUUAGCUCGGGUCAAGCUGACCACACCCACCCGUAUUGCUCCACACGAGCAUGAGCAAAUAGCCACUCCUGACAAGUUGCGGCAAAGCUACGUGAUAGUAGAUCUACAUGUUAAAUUAACUAUGUUAUGGUCAUUUCUACAUACCCAUCCAAAGCAAAAAAUCAUCAUAUUCUUUUCCACUUGCAAACAAGUCAAAUAUUACUAUCAAGUUUUUAAAAGACUGCGUCCUGCGUCGUUGCUCCUUCCUUUGUAUGGCGGAAUGAAUCAAGAAAAGCGUAACAAGAUGUAUACCGAGUUCUGCAAAAAGAAAACAAAUGUGUGCCUCAUGGCAACGGACGUAGCAUCGCGAGGACUUGAUUUCCCCAACGUACACUGGGUGGUACAAAUGGACUGCCCUGAAGAUGUUGUUCAGUACAUUCAUAGAGCCGGACGAACAGCAAGGUUAAACACUAGUGGAGAAAAUCUUCUCGUAUUAUUGCCGCAUGAGGCACACGCCAUGUUACAUUUGCUAGAAAACAGCAAAAUACCCAUAAAGCAGAUAAAAAUUGACGAACGACAAUUGUUUUCACCCCUGGCAAAAAUUCAAUCAAUCCUCGCGCAGUUUCCUGAACUAAAAGAAUGCGCCAAGCGAGCAUUUGUCGCUUACGUAAAAUCAGUCGCCAAGAUGAAAAAUAGAGAGGUUUUUCAAGUCCAAAAAUUAAACCUCGAUGAAUUCGCACGAUCAUUGGGAUUAAGCAUUACACCCCGUGUACGGUUUAUUUCGCAGAAGUCAAACAGAGGAAACCAAUCGAAAUUCAUUUCCAACUUAGAUAACAAAAGUUCAACCAUGCCGGUGGUGGAAACUAGAGAUAGCAGUGAGGAAGAUGAUCAGGAUGUAGACGAUUUUCUACAAGUAAAGCGCAUCGAUAACGAUUUGGAAUGUUCAACUAAUGUCGAACUAAAAACCAUAACGGAAAAUUCUCAAACUCCAACUAAUGUGAAUCAAGGAAAUGCAGCAAAGAAACGAAUGUCUAAGAGCAAACUAAUGAAGAAGUCGUUGAUCACUAGCAAACGAACCGUAUUCGACGAUGAUGGCAAGCCUGAUACAUGCGCUGAUAGCAAAGAAGAUGAUAUUUAUGAUUUAACGGAGGCCCGUUUAAGGCUUGAACGGGAAGAUGCAGAAGAUAAGAAGCGCUACAAAGCGUUAAAGAAAGCAAAACGCAUUACACUAAAGAAAAAGGAACGCCAACAAAAAGGAAAUGAUGUUUACGCUGCGGCUGACGAUUUCGGCAGUGAAAGCGAUGCUAGUGUAAAUCUUGAUUGGCUUCCAGAUCCGGACAAAGUGUAUGGCGUAAAAGAAAAUCUAAGUAAAACCGGACAACUUGCAAAGGAUCCACUCGAAUCACGUUCCGAGACGAGAAAACGGAAGUUGUUGCAAAAUUCUCGUGAAUUAACUUUGAACGAUACAGAACAAUUGGUAAUGAAUUUGUUAAAUUAAAUUUAUGAUUGCGUUUGCAUAAGCAGCGCGGUUAACAGGAAGUAUCGGUGUGGAAAUACAAUACUAUAGAAAUAAAAUAUGUUAUCAUAAAAUAAUAACAGCCCUAACGAUAAGAAGCAUUCGAAAUGAAUUUACACAUUACUUG